CCCUUACCCUGCGGACCCUGCUGCCAGACCCCUUCUUCUCCCCCACUGCCCUCUCCCACCUCAUCCUUUCAAGUUCGGUUACAGUUUCCCAUAGAAAGGCAAGCAUGGCUGUUCUGGCACUGCCCCUGGUAACCUGCAUUCUCAAAGCCUAUCGCAAACCUCACCUCUCUUUUCUUCUUACCAGAGCAAGCCCAAGUCGUUUUUUCACUAGCAUCAGGCAGCAGCAGCAGUUCCUUUUCUUCAAGAGAACCAUAGCUUCUUCUUCUGCGGCGUUAAGCAGCACCAAUUAUUCUUCCGUGUCUCAAGAUUCCCCAUCAACAGAACCUCCGAACGAUUCACAAAACCAUCCCAAGAAAUCAUCAUCUGUUCCCACUUUUCAACAAGCCAUUCAGCGCCUUCAGGAAUACUGGGCUUCAGUUGGAUGUGCUGUAAUGCAAUGCAGUAACACUGAGGUUGGAGCUGGGACUAUGAAUCCUCUGACAUUUCUAAGGGUUUUGGGUCCUGAACCAUGGAAUGUUGCGUAUAUGGAACCUAGCAUCCGGCCUGAUGAUAGUCGUUAUGGUGAAAACCCAAAUAGACUUCAACGCCAUACUCAAUUUCAGGUUAUACUGAAGCCUGAUCCUGGGAAUUCACAGGACCUGUUUAUACGGAGCUUGUCUGCCUUAGGUAUUGAUGUUAAUCAACAUGAUAUUCGUUUUGUUGAGGACAACUGGGAGAGCCCGGUGCUUGGCGCAUGGGGAUUGGGAUGGGAAAUUUGGAUGGAUGGGAUGGAGAUCACACAAUUCACUUACUUCCAGCAGGCUGGAAGUCUUCAGUUGAUGCCCACAUCUGUUGAGAUAACAUAUGGUCUUGAACGCAUCCUUAUGUUACUUCAGGGAGUUGAUCAUUUCAAGAAGAUUCAGUAUGCAGAUGGGAUCACAUAUGGAGAGCUUUUUUCAGAAAAUGAGAAGGAAAUGAGCGCCUAUUAUUUAGAGCAUGCCAGUGUUGAUCAUAUUCAAAAGCACUUUGACUUUUUUGAAGCAGAAGCACAUUCUCUGCUUGACUUGGGCCUUGCAAUACCUGCGUAUGAUCAGCUGUUGAAGACAUCUCACGCUUUUAACAUUUUGGACUCUAGAGGUUUUGUAGGGGUUACAGAACGUGCUCGUUAUUUCGGUCGGAUGCGCAGUUUAGCUCGUCAAUGUGCACAACUCUGGUUAAAAACUAGGGAGUCUCUUGGCCACCCUUUGGGUGUCAUUUCUCAAUCUGGUAAUUCCACCAUUCCGAGGGAAGUCAUGGAGGAAGCAAUCACGAAGGUUCCUGCAGAGCCACGGACUUUUGUUCUUGAAAUUGGAACAGAAGAAUUACCACCACAUGAUGUUGUCGAUGUGUGCAAGCAACUCCAAGAUCUCGUAGUGCAAUUACUGGAAAAACAGAGGCUAAGACAUGGGGAAGUGAAAAUGUAUGGGACACCCCGUCGACUAGUGGUGCAUGUUGAGAACCUAUGGGCUAAGCAAGUUGAGAACGAGGUGGAGGUUCGAGGACCUCCAGUUUCCAAAGCAUUUGACCAGCAAGGAAAUCCUACAAAGGCCGCCGAAGGAUUUUGUCGCCGAAACUCUGUACCUUUGGAUAGUAUGUAUAGACGAGUUGAAGGAAAAACAGAAUAUGUUUUUGUUCGUGUAAUUGAGACUGCAAAACGUGCUUUGGAGGUUCUAUCAGAAGAGUUACCAGGGAUGAUUGCAAAAAUAUCAUUUUCAAAGUCAAUGAGAUGGAACUCUGAGAUUAUGUUCAGCAGACCUAUCCGCUGGAUUUUAGCUCUUCAUGGAGACAGUAUCAUUCCUUUUAGUUAUGCUGGUGUUCUAAGUGGAAAUUUUUCUCAUGGUCUUAGAAACACUGCAUCAGCUACCGUAGAGGUAGAGAAUGCAGAGAAUUAUGCUAAAUUGAUGCAGCACAGUGGAAUUACUGUUGAUAUUGAGCAAAGGAAGAAGAUUAUUAUAGAAAAGUCUAAUGCUCUGGCAGCAAGUGUCAAUGGCUGUGUCGUUAUGCAGAAUGAUUUACUAGAUGAGGUUGUGAAUCUUGUUGAAGCACCUGUUCCAGUACUUGGGGAAUUUAAAGAUAGCUUUUUAAAGCUUCCGAAGGAACUAUUGAUAAUGGUCAUGCAGAAGCACCAAAAAUACUUUGCAAUAACUGAUGAGAAUGGGGAAAUGUUACCAUACUUCAUAAAUGUUGCUAACGGAGCAAUUGAUGAUGUUGUGGUAAGGAAAGGAAAUGAAGCUGUUUUAAGAGCUCGUUACGAAGAUGCAAAGUUUUUCUAUGAGAUGGAUACAAGUAAAAGAUUUUCCGAAUUCCGAAGUCAACUUAAAGGCAUUCUUUUUCAUGAAAAGCUGGGGACAAUGCUAGACAAGGUGAAUCGUAUCCAACGUACAGCUGCCGAAGUAGGCUUGUUUCUUGGAGUAAGUAAAGAAGUGCUCCAAAUUAUUCAAGAGGCUGCAUCAUUGGCUAUGUCAGAUCUUGCCACAGCAGUUGUUAUGGAGUUUACUGGUCUUUCAGGCACUAUGGAUCAUUAUGCUCUUAGAGAUGGCUAUUCAAAGGAGAUAGCAGAGGCAGUGUUUGAGAUUACACUACCGCGAUUUUCAGGAGAUAAACUGCCUAAAACUGAUGCUGGGACUGUACUGGCUAUUGCUGACAGGCUGGAUAGCCUUGUUGGCUUGUUUGCUGCUGGUUGUCAGCCAAGUUCCAGUAAUGAUCCAUUUGGUUUGCGGAGAAUCUCUUAUGGUCUUGUGCAACUAUUGGUUGAAAACAACAAAAAUCUGGAUUUAAGUCAUUCUUUAGAAUUUGCAGCUGCAGUUCAACCCAUAAAAGUAGUUAGCAGCACAAUUGAUGAGGUGCAUCACUUUGUAAACCGAAGGCUGGAACAAUUCCUGGUGGACCAGGGAGUUAAUCCAGAGGUGGUUCGGUCAAUUUUGGCAGAGCAGGGAAAUUUGCCUUGCCUUGCUGCCAAGUCUUCACAUAAAAUGGAAACCUUGUCAAGGGGUGAGUCUCUGUCGAAGGUUGUUGAGGCAUAUUCUCGUCCAACAAGAAUUGUUCGUGGAAAGGAUAUAAAUGCUUAUCUGGAGGUGGAUGAAACAGCAUUUGAAACAAAUGAAGAAAGAGCUUUGUGGAGCACUUACUUGUCAUUGAGAAACAACAUCCAUCCCGGUAUGGAAGUGGAUGAUUUUGUUGAAACAUCUCACAAACUAUUACAGCCACUGGAAGAUUUCUUCAAUAAUGUGUUUGUGAUGGUGGAAGAUGAGAAGAUCAGAAAGAACAGGCUUGCACUACUACAAAAGAUUGCUGAGCUUCCGAAAGGGAUAGCUGACCUCUCAGUUUUGCCAGGAUUUUGAGACUUUGUUUUGCUUUGAUGUAUACAAAAUUAGGAACCGUAGUCAUACUUUUAAGAGGCAAAAGGCAGAUGAUGAGAAUAUUGGACAGAAAUGCUGCAGUAAUACAAUUUUUUCCCCUCAGAAGGCGUUAUUGUUAGAUUGAGAUAUUGGAAACAGAAAGUAUAUGUGAUUUGGUACGCAUUUUGUAAAUAUCCCACCUGAUACCAUUUUACUGAUACAAGCUGAAUCCCAAUUGAAAAGAUAGGAUGGAUGAACUGUCUUCAUUGUUUCUA